UGUGUGCGCGCGCAAGGAGGGGGAGGUUCCCGGUCCCCCAAACUCGAGACUGCCCAGCUUCGGUUGAGGAAGAUUUCUCAACUUUUUAAAAAGUUCACCACUAACAUCUCUUCAGACCUGGGCCAUAAUGGCAUUGUCAGUUAUUUGGAGACGUUCUGCUAUUAGCAAAAAACCGUAAGCUUCCCUGCUCCAUUUUUCUGCAUUGAAAGAAAGGAAGAUAAAACACAGGAAGUCAUAAAAAAUGGGAGGGUGUGUGAGACGUAACCAAUAACUUGAGAUUUUUAAGGCGGUCAGCGGUGGAUAAACUAUUCAAAGUAACGCUAUUAGCAGAUUAAAAACAUUUGCUUGACUGCAGGCUCACACUGUCCUCCACGUCUCUAAGAGAAGAAAAAGAAGGGAAAAGAGAUUUGGAAAAUUUUGUAGUUAGGGCAUAAUAACGGAAAACUCCUCAGCUGUGGUUUCUGGGCUGGGGAUUGUUUGUUUUGUUGUAACGUAGAAGUACAGUGGUCAGGAGCCGUCCAUACUGUUUCAAAGAGCAGGAUUUACAGGGAAUGCAGUUUAAUGGAGAGUUUGGGGAAACAAAUAAUCCAGGGGUUAGGGACCCUUCAGAUCAGCUCUUCUUGGCAUUGGCGUUCAAGGACCACGUUGCUGGCCGUGUUUGUUGAAAACAAAAGAAAACAUGGAGAAUAGCAUGAGCCUUCACGUAAAUGGGUCCAGUCAUGCCUGCCAGUAAGAAGCCCGAGAGCUCAGGAAUCAGCGUGUCCAGUGGACUGAGUCACUGUUACCCAGGCAGCGGUUUCUCCAAGGCCCUCCAGGAAGAUGAUGACCUCGACUUCCCUCUGCCUGACAUAAGAUUAGAAGAGGGGACCAUGGAAGAUGAAGAGCUGACCAACCUGAACUGGCUGCAUGAGAGCAAGAACUUAUUGAAGAGCUUUGGGGAGUCGGUCCUCAGGAGUGUCAGUCCCGUCCAGGACCUGGAUGAUGACACUCCGCCAUCCCCUGCCCACUCGGACAUGCCCUAUGAUGCCAGGCAGAACCCCAACUGCAAGCCCCCUUAUUCCUUUAGCUGCCUCAUAUUUAUGGCCAUCGAGGACUCCCCGACCAAGCGCCUGCCAGUGAAGGAUAUCUACAACUGGAUCUUGGAACAUUUUCCGUAUUUUGCUAAUGCACCUACUGGGUGGAAAAACUCAGUGAGACAUAAUUUGUCAUUGAAUAAGUGUUUCAAGAAAGUGGACAAAGAGAGGAGUCAGAGUAUUGGGAAAGGGUCAUUGUGGUGCAUAGACCCAGAGUAUAGACAAAAUCUAAUUCAGGCUUUGAAAAAGACACCUUACCACCCGCCUCCCACCCCUCAGGCUUAUCAAAGCACAUCAGGUCCACCCAUCUGGCCAGGCAGUACCUUCUUCAAGAGAAACGGAGCCCUUCUGCAAGAUCCUGACAUUGAUGCUGCCAGUGCCAUGAUGCUUUUGAAUUCUCCCCCUGAGAUACAAGCAGGUUUUUCUCCAGGAGUGAUUCAAAAUGGAGCAAGGGUUCUAAGCCGAGGGCUGUUUCCUGGCGUCCGCCCAUUGCCGAUCACUCCCAUUGGGAUGACGGCGGCCAUAAGGAAUAGCAUCAGCAGUUGCCGGAUGCGGACUGAGAGUGAGCCGCCGUGUGGCUCCCCAGUGGUCAGUGGUGACCCCAAGGAGGAUCAUAACUACAGUAGUGCCAAGUCCUCCAAUGCUCGAAGCACCUCUCCCGCCAGCGACUCCAUCUCUUCCUCCUCCUCCUCCUCAGCUGACGACCACUACGAGUUUGCCACCAAGGGGAGCCAGGAGGGCAGUGAGGGAAGCUUCCAGAGCCAUGAGAGCCACAGUGAGACCGAGGAGGAUGACAGGAAACCCAGCCAGAAGGAGGCCAAGGAUGCCCUGGGGGACAGCGGAUACGCAUCCCAGCACAAGAAGCGACAGCACUUCGCCAAGGCAAGGAAGGUCCCCAGCGACACACUGCCCCUCAAAAAGAGACGCACAGAAAAACCCCCUGAGAGCGACGAUGAGGAGAUGAAAGAGGCGGCCGGUUCGCUCCUGCACUUGGCAGGGAUUCGGUCCUGUUUGAACAACAUCACCAAUCGGACGGCCAAGGGGCAGAAAGAACAAAAGGAAACCACAAAAAACUGAAACAAGUCUCUGAUUUGUUUUGAACUUACGGCCAUUUGGUUUCAGCAUGUCAGGAGAUUUCUAAUGAUUUGUGGCAAUAUCAGCAAUUUUUUCCUUUUCUCUUUUUCCUUUUGUUGGUUUGGUUUUCUUUUCUUUUCUUUCUUUUUACUUUUUUUUUUAAUUUGCCCCCCACUCCUUUGGUUUUGGACCCUUAAGAAUUUUAUGUUUAAAGGAGAUUGAAGCCAUAGAACUCAUAUUGACACUCAGCCGUUUUACAAAAGCUUUUCUUUAUCUGAAGACAAAAGCCGAAAGGAAAAAAAAAAAAGCCAAAAUUAACCAUUGCUUCCUGCAGCCUGUCAGAAACCUGUGGCUGAACCCACAGGGAUGUCAACAUUAAUGUCACAGGAACGAACAUUCCUGUGCCACCUAAGAGGCACGCAUGCAGAAUUACCAUGCUCAGGCCAACCGUUAGGUUUAAAAAGUCAGUGUGUUCAGAGUGAUGAAACUGGGGAGCAAGUGCAGAGACUGAAGAGCCCCGUGUGCCCCUCGGAACAGUGUCCCCUAAGGGUAACACCAUGCUCUGGCACUGGCAUCCCACUGUGCCAGAAACGCCAAUGGCAUUGCCAUAUAGCGAGUCCAGGGCUCUGCUGCCAGUCGUCUGUACUUCUUAAACCUGAACCUGGAGGAGAGACAGGGAGAAUUCUUAGAGCCAUUGCUAACCACUGAAUUCUGCUCUAUGUUAAAUUAAGAAGACUUUCCAAAAGCCAUAAGCCUGAAGGUUGGCCUGCGCACACGCACACCCGCGUGCGUGCAUGCACACAUGCGCACACCCACACACGAGACUUAAAGCUGAUACAGAAAACAGGCUGUGUCCUUUUAACUCAAGCCCAAGACAUGACAGUAGCUGUUAAGAAAGGAAAAAUGGUACAGAUUCUUUCCCAUCUAAACAAUCUGAUCCAAGUUUGGGGGAGGGGGGUGCUACAGAAACUGCCAUUAGUAUUGUGGUGUCUUUUUAAGAGGUUAAAGGCACAUUGAUGGACAUGAAAAGCAAAAACAUGGUAAACAAUACAACUCCUACACUGCCCUCAAAAAGGGCUUGCAAUUAAUGUCAGGACUCAUUUUUUUUGCAAAAAAAAAAAAAAAAAAUCAGUGAUUUUUCACAUUCAGCCAGUGUAGCCAGCAGAAAUUUCUGAUCCACGAUGCAUGGAUUCCUUUGAAGAGAAAAGAAAAAGAAAAAAAGAAAAAGAGAAAAAAAAAACACAAAAACAAACUUUUUUUAUUCAAAAAUAACAAAGUUCUUGUAAGGUAAAUACUGUAUUUAGCAUGAAGCAUGAAUUAUUUUCAUAUAAAUAUAGAAAUAGAGAGAAGGCUAUGCCUCUAAUUUUUAAGCCCUUAGGCUUAGAGGUUCUUUUGUUCUUUUUUUCCUUUUUUUUUUUUCUUUUUCUUUUCCUUUUUUUUCUUUCCUUUUUUGUUGUUGUUACUUUGUUUUGGUUUUUUGAAGCAGGUGUUUAAGGUUUAAUCUUCAGGGACAAACUCUGACUGUUGGGGAACUUACUCUGCAAUAUAAAUUAUCUUCAUACUCUGGUAGGGCUUGGAUGGUUGAGCUCUGUACUGCCUUGUCCGCACUCAGCCCCGACCCCCUCUGACUCUCUGCUGAAGAGUGUGUCCUUCCCUUUGUCUGUAUGUGUUUAACGUGACGCAAUAAUUCGAGGGCAAACUUAGUAGUGUGUAUGAUAGAGUCAAGAGAAUGAAGGGACGCUUACUUGAGAAAAAUCAUUUCCGUGAUUUGGUUCUAGGAAAAAGGCAGUGAAUAAUUAUGCAAAUUCGCCAGAAGAAGGGGAAACAUGCUAAUGGGCCUUACUGGGUGAGGGUAAGAGAUAGGGUACAUGGGUAGGAGGAAGUAAGUGAUAAUGGGCUCAGAUGGGCUAGCCCUACAUGCUUUACUGCGCAUGACUGUGUGAUUUCGCAGUGAGAAGGGGACUCUGGCCAUCUCUGCCUUCUUCAGCAGUAACCGCCCUGGGACUAAGACCACCUAGAUAAGUGAGAGCUGAAUAACAACCAGACCAUGUCACACAGGCCAGAAACUCCAGUUACCUUUGCCAAAAAAUUGUUGUUCCUUGAGGUCUAAAGAGGAAUCCCUAAAACAGUAUGGCCUUCCAUCCAAAUGGAGGGAACUUUUGAAAACAAAAACACUACCAUGGCUCAGGGUCAGAUGUUUGGGAGAAGGAGAAAACUGAGGUGACCUUGGACUUUUGAAACGGGACAGGUGUGGGCCUUUAAAGCUAUGUCCCCCUGUCAGAGCCAGGUACCAUGGCAACUGCAUCCCCUGGAAGAAAAGGCAGGUUAUCUGGUGCAUUCCCCUACCUAACCUGAAGGCAGCUUCAGAAAGAAUGGGGGGGGUUCCCAUUUCAGGGCAGGCUAGAUUUACCCCCACCUGUCCCUGAGCCUGGGCUCUCUCAACUUGGGGGUUCAGGGUUAGAUGAGAGCACAGGUGUGUUUUUCCAGUGCUCUGAUCCCUCCUUCUCCACAAACCUCUGACACCCUACAAGCCAUCCACAGCUCUGGAACCUGAGCCACACUUUGAUUUCUGUUGUCACCUAACCAAGUCCAAAAGACCACCCUCCCCACCCCAAGAUGGUGAGACUCAGACCUCUACUGAAGGCGAAGGUAAGCACUCAGCACUGUUUCUGGCAGGGGACUUCUUCCGAUGAAAACCCCACGCGGGCUGUCUCCCCUCGUUUCAUUUUUCCGAAGGGGCAGAGGCCUCUUUCAGAGAUAACAAGAUGCAGUGUGUGUGUGAUUUACUUUUCUGAUCUCUCAGAGAUCUAGAAAACUAUCUUAUACAAGUGUGUUCUGAACCCCAGAACCACUCUUUUUGCAUAAAUACCUCAUCGGGCAGCUUUCUAAGUGUUAUUUUCCUGAGCCUCCCUUGGCGCCUUUGUUGGAAUUUUCUGGAAGACUUGUUGGGGAAACUUUAGUAAGGGUACCUUUUUCUAUUUUCCUUCUGUUUUGGAGGCAUACACAUUAUGCAUAACCAAAACAAUGGCUCAAUUGUGUUUAACUCUGUAUUUUGACUGUUGAGGCGAAAACAAAGUUAUCAAUGUGUAUGUGGACGUUUGUAGCAAAGUCUGCCGAAUGAGGCUGUCCGUGUCCUUAACAAGCCAAGGGGCAGGAGGCACCCUCUCUUUCCCCUCCCCCAAGAGCAGUAGAGAAUUUAAGCACAAGCCUAUUUGUGAAAGAAUAUUUUGCUUAAGUGUAAUUCACUUUAGUCUUGGACUUUCUUCCCAAACGUCAGGUGUUCUUUUAGCUUUCAAACUAGCCUGUGUAUCCAUUAGUCUGACAGAUCGCCUGAGCAUCGUUAAAGGGGUGUGGUGUUCUUUCUUUGUGGUUCAUGUGUCAUUCCAGGAUCUCAUGUACUCACAUGGGGCAGGGGGGAGGGGAAACGGGGAACUAUAGCAAUAUUUACAGAUGCUUUGGAAACAGCAGUGACCACAUCAGCACCGUUGACAUUACAACCACUGGCUGUUGGCCCUCGGACACAUUGAAGAGAAGAGACAGUGGUUUUCUUUUCUUAGGUGAAACACACAUCAAUAUUUUAUCCUACCCUUGGUCGUCUUUCUCCUUUCUCCAGUACUUUUUGUGGAAAGGGUUCACAUCAUGGGUUUAUCUUUCUAACGUAUCACAAGCUCCUACUUCCCUCCCCCUCUCCAGUCAGUAUAUUUUUCAAGAGUUCUUUUGGUAAAGCUGGCUCUCUGAAACUAGAGCUGAGCCAAACCCACCUAUGUAAGGAAACGGUGGUGAGGACAACAGAAGCAGGUGUCCAUCUUUGGCUGGGUCUUUAAGGAGGAAUGGGUUGAUACCCUUUCCCAAGAAUGGAUUUUUCUUGGAGAGUCAUUCAGCAUGUCUAGUGCUUUCUGUUCAUUGCGGUUCCUACCAUGGAACAGUCUAGAGUACUGCAUUCAAUGGUACCCAGGCAAGAGAGAACGGCUUUGGUGCCCAGCCUAAGAGUCCAACACAGCAGGCUCAUACUCAGUGACCCAAGCCACCAUUUUGGGUUUCAGUAGUGCUACUCUGGGACCUUCAGCCUCUUGAGGUGGGGAGGCUAUGACAUGCCAGAGUUAGGGACAAGUGACUUGCGUGGGAUGUUUUCCCGCAUAUGGGAUUAGACUAAAUGAUUUCCCUUCCCCUUUCAAACCUUAUUCAGGUCGGGACUCAUUUCUUUCUGGUGGAUCACAGCUGCCCAGAUGUUGCAAUUGAUUUCUUUGUUUCUCUAGAGAAGUCCUUUUCUUUCAUCUUCAGAAGUUUUUUUUUUGUUCCUUACUACUUUUUUGCCACCGAAAGAAAACAUUGGAACCUAUGUCCCCUCUUGAUUGUGACUUGCCAGUGUUGACAGUUCAGUCCUUCGUGUUGUAGGUCCCAGCCCACCAGUACUAUAUCACUGUAGGCACAUGAUGCAGCACUGUGAUCUAAUUUAAAUAAUACUUUUUUAUUAUUUAUACUACUAUAUAUAAUAUACAUCAACACUUUUGCUAUAUAACCUACGUGGUAAACCCUUUUUAGUUACCUGUCAGACUAGACUUUGGUUUCUAUUGCAGUUAACACAGUUACAGAAUUGUAAUGGUGUCUUCUUUUUAUUUUUUUUCUUUGUAAUGGAAUGUGUAAAUCAAAGUAUAUACAUUGUGUGGUGUUCCUGUUUCUUGGGAUGUCAUGAGGAGUUACACACGGCAUUCAGUGUUCUGUAUAGACCUGCCCACCUUCGUGAAUUCAUCUGUUAACCCCUCUUCGUUUGAGAGCGCGCCAGCCAUGGUGGCUAACUCCCAGCGUCCUCUCUCCUGCUGGCUAUUCUUGAAUUAAGCACAGACUUGUCCACUCGGUUGCUUUAUCAUGAAAAAUGGGUGUGACUUGGUCACUCUUCCACCCUUCAGCAAACAAGUGCUAGCUUCACUGACCAAAAAUUAAGGAAGGAAAACACAAUUGAAAAAAAAAAAAAAAAAGAUCCACCUGUUCAUGGCCGAAAUGGAUAUGUCUAUGGUGCUGCCUCGUGCUGUCGAGCUUCUGGAAUCAGACCGCUGUGGAACGAUCAUUUCUGAUUUGCUGUGGGAUGCUCACAAGUACCCUUCCUAUCUCAUUAGUAUUGAAAUCAAGACUCUUUUAUUUGAGAUCUCUACAGCAGUGUUUCUCCACUGUGUUUCAUUUGCAAAAGCAGAGAACAUGGCUUCUCCACCCUUUUGCAAAUAAUCGAUAUUCCAUAUUGGAUUCUCAAAAGACUUCGAUAUGGUGAUCCUGUCAAACCUAGAAAUUGUAUUUUAUCUUUUCAUACCUGGUUUCCCCCACUUCCCCUGUUUUAGAGGAAACAGCACACUUUCUGUUGUGGAUGCAUUCACCAUUUCUUGAGUAUGUGUGUUAAAGCCAUCCAAGGCCGUAGCUGGCUCAGCCAGUCCCGCUCCAUUAUUCCCACUGCCUGUACUGCCAUGGUGAACAUGGGCGUGGAAAAAGUUCUAUCUGUGUGUGUCUGGGAAACAGCUACAUGGACUUUUUUUUAACACUCUGAUCCUGUAACAUUUCUGAGUUUUGUUUUAAUUUUACAGAAAACAAAACCACAUUGGUAAAGCAGCGAAAAGACCAAGAGGGCUGUGGUUGAAUCUUAGGGUCACCCGACCUUUCCAGGCCAACAGAUCUACAAGGCCAAAUUAAUUUACAAGAGUAAUAAUUUCCUCAGAAGCCAAUUUUUUUUCUGUUUUUCUGUAUGAAGCUGCCAAUAUCAUGAACAGAAGGGGGGAAUCAGAGAGAAAGAAAAUGAUGUUCGGUGGUGCUUGCAUUUGCCCAAAGCAGCGGUGUGGAGAUGGCGCCAUCAGCUGAGCUCGGGGGACUUGGUGUCGCUUGGGAGGGAUCCAUACAGCAUUUUGCGUUCUUCAUGUGUAAUCAUAUUGCCAAAGACAAACUACUUCAUCAUUUAUUGUAAAUAACACUUCCCCAGACCUACCAUAAAGUUUCUGUGAUGUAUUGUCUUCCAGUUGCAAUAAAAAUUACUGAGUUGCAUCAAUUGAA